AUGGCAUCGUCUCUGGAGGACCUUCUAGCAGAAGAUGGGUUCAAAGGAAGAAAAUUGUGGGCAAGGUCGAGGGCUUCAUUGCGGACUGAAAGUAUGCCUCAACACCGUAGUCCAGACCAACCGAAGAGACAUUCGGUGUCAGGAGAUAGAAUUAGGACAGGAAGGACAAGGUCUGAUGUAAAUCGUAACGGUGCAAAAGAGGAUGUGCUGACAGGUGAUGAUACUAGAGGUAGGAGGGGACUAAGAGAUGAUCUCCUUAGGAGAAAUGAAGUAGAUGGAGAAUCAAAGAAAGAAGUUAGGGUCAGUAGACUAGGAUCUACUAGCGGGUGGGAAGCUAGGAGUUUAAAUAGCAAUGUAACAGAAAGAGAUCAUGCUAGUGUAUGGGAAGCUAGAAGUGUAAAGAGUAAUUUAUCGGAUAGAGGUCAUGCCAGUGUGUGGGAAGCUAGAAGUGUGAGGAGUAAUUUUUCAGACAGAGUUCAUGCCAGUGUAUGGGAAGCUGGAAGUUCAAAGAGCAAUGUAACUGAGGAUCUGCCGAGAACUGAGAUAGUUGAGGUUGAAGAUGAAGAAUACAAGGACAUAUAUUCAAAUGAGUUGUAUAGGUCAGAGGGAAGGAAUGGUAAAUAUUAUAAUGGGAGUAUGGAAAAGGAAGGAUUUGAUGAGAGGUUAAGGAAGUUGACUGAGGCGGAUAGGAGGCACAGCAACAGUUCAACUACUAAUGUGUCUGGACGUGUGAGUUUUAGUGAGGUUAACAGGAAAAGCAGGAAACAACGUGCAAGCUCUCAAGACAGAUUAAAGAGAGGUUCAUCAAUCAGCAAAACUUCUGAAGAUAGCCGCAGGAAAAAGCGCGAUAAAGUUUUGCUUCCUGAUUCUAAACCUGCUCUUGAUGAAAUUGCUAUCAAGGCCAUGGUGUCCAUAUUAAGUGGAUACAUAAAGCGUUUUAUCAAAGAGGAGGAGUUUCGGAGGGCACUUAGAGAUAACUGCAUGAGUUCUCUAAACUUUAAUGAUCAAGAAGAAGAGCAUGCUGAGAGAAAAGUCAUACUAAACCUGGAAGAAGCAAUGGAAACAAUAGCAAUGGCUGCUGAGGACUCAGCAAAUGAAAAAGGUCUAAGAAGAGCCUCUUUGCAGCUUAGUGUUAUCACAGGUUUGACCUCUGAUGAUCUGAAGGACGGAUUUACAUCAGGGGUUUCUAAUUGUAGGUUGUCAGCUUGUGCUCAUCUCUACCUCAGUGUUGUGUAUAAGAUACUGAAGAAAGACAGGGUUUCGGCAAAGCAUCUUCUGCAAGUUUUCUGUGACUCACCAUUUACUGCAAGAACAAUAUUGUUGCCUGAACUGUGGGACUAUCUAUUUCUUCCACAUCUUUCACAUUUAAAGGUGUGGUAUGAUCAGGAAGCUGAUUCUGUCGCAGAUGCACAAAAUGGGCCAAGGAAACUGGAGCUUUUAGGGAAGGUGUACAAUGAUAUUUUGGACUCUGGGACUUACCAAUUUGCACUUUACUACAAGGAUUGGCUUACAGAAGGAAUUGAAUCUCCUUGCAUUCCUUCCGUUCCUAUCCCUUCAGUAUCACUUCGGCAAGUUCAGCAGGGAAGUUCUCAUGGUUAUUCUUCGGAGAUGGCUAGUCCAGCUGGUCCGCAAUCAAUGGUCAGCAGAAAACUGUAUGAUUCAGUGUUUGGCCGCGCAAGUAAAACCGAAGUAUAUGAAGUUAAAGAUGAUGGACAGAUUGAAAGCUAUGAAGAUUGUAUGAGAACUCCUGAUGGUUCAGCUGUUGUUGUACAAGAAAGACCAUACUCUGGUGAAGCAGCUCAAUAUGGGUACCGAGAUAUUGAAGAAGAUCCCAGUAAGAGUGCACUAGAAAAUGAAUCCCUUGCUGGAAAUGAACUCUCUAUGGAACCUGAGCAACAGUGGAGUUUUUCUAGAGAUAGUGAUCCGCCAGAAAGUGACCUCAAUGACCAAUUUGGUAACAUUUCUAAAGAAAAUACAGAAAGCACCAAGAUGCCACAUCAACCAGCUCCUGAAAAAAUGGAGCUUACUCAGAAAGGGGUUACAAAAUCGAUCUCUACUGGCUCGAAUUCUAGUCAAGCAUCAAUCACCAGUUCUAUCAUAAAUCCAGUCAAAGAAAAGUCUUCUUCUGAAGAGUUACUGGGAAAUUAUGUUGAAGAAGGAAUUGAUUUAUCGAGUAUUCCUCAGGACUUCCUUUGCCCUCUAAGUGGGGAGUUGUUUGAAGAUCCAGUAACUUUAGAGACUGGUCAAACCUUUGAGCGGUCAGCCAUCAGGGCAUGGUUUGAUGAGGGAAACAGAACAUGUCCUGUGACAGGAAAAGCUUUGGAAUCACCAGCAGUACCUCUUACAAACUUAAUCUUAAAGCGUGUGAUUCAUAGUUGGAAGUCUGAACAUUCUAGGCAACUCUUAGCUUAUGCCUCUCAUGUAGUGGGAACCUCAGGGAGAGUUGGAUCCAAACACCAUGACGAAACAAUUAUUUUUGUCCUAGAGCAGCUUCUCACAUGUUUCAGCAAAAAGGAAAGAACAGCAAAUGCCAGACACCUUAUCUCUCUUGGAUGCUUGCAGUUUCUUCUUCAAAGGUUUGAAAUAGGAAAGGAGGAAGAGAAAUCACGUGUAGCAGCACUGUUUUCCUGUUGUAUGGAAGCAGAUGCAGAUUGUAGGAGUCUAAUAGCAAGCAGCAUCAACAAACACUGCCUCGUGGAGCUACUUCAGGGAAAAGAGGUCAACUUAAGAACAAAUGCAGUGUUGUUGAUGACAGAACUCAUUUGUUUGAAGAGGUGGGAUAUACUGACUUUUGGGUAA